GAGGCUGAGAAACAAAUCCUUGCAGACUUUAGCAGCCUAGAACAAGAAGCAGCGAUAUCUCCAGGUCCUUAAGGUCUGGGACAGGCCCCUCGAGUGGAAGAGGAUGCCGUUCACCAUCUCCCAGACCUGAGGCCUGGACAGGACUCUGCUUCCUGGCUCUGGCUCUGGCUCUGGCUCUGGCUCUGGCUCUGGCUCUGGCUCUGCCUCUGGCUCUGCCUCUGGCUCUGCCUCUGCCUCUGGCUCUGGCUCUGGGGCUCUGGCUCUGACUCUGGCUCUGGCUCUGGCUCUGGCUCUGGCUCUGGCUCUGGCUCUGGCUCUGGCUCUGGCUCUGGCUCUGGCUCUGGCACAGGCAGGCCUCCAUACUUUAAUAUCAAAGGUUUUCCUGGGUUGCCUUGUGCUGUGGUGAGCAAUGCAGUAGGGAUGGGAGAAAUGACAGACAUCAUUUCUGCCAUAUUCCAGUGGCUAGAAUAGAAGCAAGACCUUAGAUGCAGCUUCUAGGAGGGGGUCAGACAAUGGUGGAGAUGCAGGCAGACAUCAAGGCUGAGCCAGAAACUCCUAAAACCAGGAUGUACGGUACACAGUGAAAAGCAGGGAAAGUAAGACAUGGGAGAGAGGGAUGGAGACUUGAGCAGAGGUGAAAUGUUCUACAUGGAUCCUCAAGAGGACACUUUCAAAAGAACUACAGGUAAGUACACCCGGCUGGAGACAGGCAAAAACCCAUGCACGCAAAGGCUCUAGUCCGGAGCCUCAGCAGGGUUGAGCAAAACUAGAGGAAAGUGGGAAUUGAGUAUGUUUGGCUGAUGGCACUUUUCAAAUGUUAGCACAGUUCACCAAGUUACUAACCACUCUCACCAUGGUUCUCAUAGGUUCAUGCUAGCCCUCUUCCACAGCCUUGGGAAGACUUCUGUUCCCAUCAGGCCUCCUCCUGAGCACACCCUUUGCUGGGCUCCAUUCUCUGCAGGUGGCAUCAGCCCCUACUAUGCAGGCCCUGUGUGGAUUCUCAUGAGCAUUUGCUGCAGUGUGAGUGCUGUCCUGUCGGACUAGUCAUCUCUCCCAUUAGAUCUCAGGUUCCAGAGACCUCCUGUUGGUGAAGGUGUCCUCAGGGCUGACAGGUAUCACACAGAGGGUGGUGACUCAGACAAUGGGAGGGUAUUGCCCGGGAGAAAACUGCAUCUCCAAACGUUUCCACAUGUACUGUACUUACUCUUGUAUUUUGGUUUGUUACAACUCAGCUUUAGAAAGAGAUGUGUUUAUAUCUAAAGUGACAGGAAGGGACAAGUGACCAACAGUUUGGAGGCCCUGCAGUACAAGCCCUUGGGGGAUAGAUAGGAAAGAAGACCGGCAUUGAAGAGCGGCAGAUAUGUUGCUAAGAAGGACCCAGAAAAGCGGAAGAGCACAAGGAGUGAGACCAUAGUAGAUCUCUGUUUGGAUGCAAGGGCCAAAGAACAGAGCCCAGAAUAGCACUGAGUAGCUAAUGCGCUAAGCCCCGCCCUCCGAGUGCUUCCCGCCCCGCCCCACGUGCUAAACCCCGCCCUUUAGUCAGCCUCUUACUUAAUGCCUGGUACCCGGAAACAAUGUCAACCUUGAGUACCGCCCAUCGCCUCGUCCUUCCGUCCCUCCAGAAACCAGAAGUUCCGCCGCCGAGCGAACACCUUAGAUUGUGAGUCACCGAGUUUGUACUUCUGCGCAGGCGCCCUCAGCCCACAUCUAACUUGGCUCCUGCGGCGAGACCGCCCUGCUGUCAUGGCUCCUCCGUUGUUGUCGCUGCCGCUUUGUAUUCUGCCGCCGGGUUCGGGCUCCCCCCGCCUGGUGUGCUACUGCGAGCGGGAUAGUGGUGGAGACGGGGACCGCGACGACUUCAACCUCUAUGUGACGGACGCCGCCGAGCUCUGGAGCACCUGCUUCUCGCCUGACAGCCUGGCGAGGCUCCAGAAAGCCCGAUUUGGCCUAAGUGGGGCUGAAGAUAUCCAUUCCCGGUUCAGGGCAGCCUGCCAACAGCAGGCAGUAACUGUAAGCCUGCAAGAAGACAGAGCAUUGAUAACCCUUUCAGGGGAUACCCCUGCCCUGGCCUUUGACCUCUCCAAGGUGCCCAGCCCGGAGGCAGCCCCCAGGCUGCAGGCUUUGACUCUCAGCCUGGCAGAGCAUGUAUGCAACCUAGAGAGGCGGCUGGCAGCUGCAGAAGAGACCAUCACUAGCCCCAAGAAGAACACCCAGCCAGCAGGCACUCAGUUCUUACCAGAGUUCUGGCCAGGGUUCUUUGGAGUUCAAGAUUUCCCUGAUCCUAUUUUCUGGCAGAACUUGAUCACCAGAGAGGCAGCUCUGGGCCUGGGGUCAGGAGACGGUGUCCAGGGGAGUCUCUCAUUAACCCUGGCUUCAAAAGAUGACAAAUCAUCACUGUGGGGCAGCCCUGAAGCCUUUCCCAACUGCCAGUGGUCACCAGACACACCGAAUUUAUAUAUUUUUGCAAAGCUGACCUUACAAAUCCACAAGGAAGGGAUGAAGUGGACAUACAACAUGAGCAUGGCUUAGCAAGAAAGAAACAAGUCAGAGUGACGCCAGCUGGCUCUUCCUUGCUUCAGGGGAGCUGUGGACAUGUCCUGUGUCAGUCUGUGCGUAGUAGGAGCCAUCGGUGCCCCACUCCCAUGCUUGCAGCUUCCUGGACUCAGCUACAGUUUGCCUCCCAAAAUCCAGGGUCAACACUGCACCACUGAACUGUGUCCCCCAGGGUACCAUCACAGAGAAUGGACAAAAAAUGAGCCCACAUAUGCAUGCCAACAGAGUCUGAUAUUAUAGGCUUGUUGUUUUGGAAUCUUAACCCCCUGGAUCUGUGAUUUUUGUCGGGGGAGAUAGUGUCCAUAAAGAGGCAAUCAAAUAAAAAAUGAGACCACCCAGUAGGCUCUAAUUCAAAA